GUCUUUCACAGUUAUCUUGGUUUGCAUGCAAUUUUCAGAUCUCAGUUUAACAGCUAUGAGGUCCAGUUCAUAUGAUGCAUUUUUCAAAGCAGUAGUUGCAUGCACAGUUAUUUUGACUUCUUUUGUGUUUGGAGAGACUGAUUUUUGUCAUAAGAAAAGUAAAGAUAACAAAGGAUGCAUAUCAGAGGGUGCAGUCCCCUUGUCGCUGCAACAUAAAUCAAAUGUUGAGCAAACAGAGAAUGAAAUUCCGAUCAUACUUUGGUGGUAUCAAGAGCCAUACCCACAUGAUGAUAGUCAAGAGAAACACGAACUGCACUGCUCAGCUGGCAAAUGCUUUUCAACAAAUAAGAGGAUUUUAAGAGAUGACCCAAAAGUCAGUGCAUUUGUUUUCUAUGGGACAUCAUUUUUGGCAAAUGAUUUACCCUUGCCAAGGAACCCUGGUCACAUGUGGGCUUUGAUACACGAAGAGUCACCAAAAAAUAACUGGAUAUUUUCACAUAAAGAUGGCAUUGAAAUUUUCAAUUACACGGCUACUUUUGGAAGAGAAUCAGAUUAUCCUUUAACAACACAAUUUAUUGUUGACGCAAAUGACUGGGUAACUUCGAAAUAUUUUGUAUCAACUGAAGAGAAGAACAGGUUGAGGGUAAACUCAAAGUUGGCUCCAGUGGUUUAUUUACAAAGGGAUUGCAAUCCACCUUCAGACAGAGACCGUUACGUAAAGGAGCUCAUGAGGUUUAUUGAUAUUGAUUCAUAUGGGCCUUGUCUGAACAACAGAAAGAUGCCUUCAGACAUCGAUGGAUUCCACAAACUUGAUGACGAAGAAUAUUAUCAAUUUCUUUCACGAUACAAAUUUCACCUGGCAUUUGAAAACGCUAUCUGCAAAGACUACAUGACAGAAAAGCUAUUCAGACCCCUAGAAGUGGGUGCUGUGCCUGUGUAUAUGGGGUCAAGCCAUGCAAGCGAAUUCAUGCCCAACGACCAUUCGGCAAUCUUUGUUUCUGAUUUUGAGAGUCCCAAACAUUUAGCGAUGUACUUGUUAGAGCUAGACAAGGAUGAUAGCAUGUAUAAUGAAUAUUUGAGGCAUCGCGAGAAGGGAAUAGAAAAUGAACGACUAAGGAAAUAUUUGAAUACUCGGAAAUGGAGGAUCCAUAGUCCUGCCGACAAAGUUAAUUUUAUUCACAGAAUGUUUGCAGGCCUAGAAUGUGAUCUGUGCAAUAUUAUAGUAAAAAGGAAAAAAGUGCAAACAGAGUACAAAGAUGGCAAGUCGAAGAGGCAAGCACCAAUUUUUAGUGGAAAACAAAGUCAGAUGGGAUGCCCGGAGCCAAUCGAAUCUAUCAAAUCGCAUCGGGUUGUAAACAAAAGUGUUUGCUAUUGGGAAGGCUUUCAUGAAGCCAAAGCCCUUAAAGCAAUGCUUCUUGCUAACGAAUCGGACUCUGGGAACUAUGUGAAGAAGUAUUUAAAAAGAAGAACUGAUAAAUACCCUUAAGAAAUAGAGUAUCAUAUAUAGCUAAUUGAAAAUUCUAUAGGAACUAUGAGAAGAUAUAUUUAAAGAGAAGAACUGAUAAAUACCCUUAAGAAUUAGAGUAUCUUAUUGCAAAUCGAAAUUAACGCCAAUUACAUAUAGCAAAGUUUGUCAUAUCAAUACCAUUUUUGUAGAAUAAAUAACCAACAUAUGUUUAAGUAUUUUUUCAGAAAAGUAAUUUAAAGGAUUGAUUAAGAUGUGUUUAAAUCAAAUUGUCAAUAAGGUGUUUAGGUGUGUAUGUUGAAUUAUCAAUAGGAUGUUCAAUUACUUCGUUAGAAAUAUAUAUAGUAAGGUAAUUGAUAUUAAAUGACACCUUAUACUACCAAAAUGUUAGUAAAUAGUUUUUCCUCAGUUUA